AUGACUCUCACCACCACAACCACCACCACAGCCAAGCUCGACACUACUCCCUCAUGGAAGGACAUUAGCACCACAAAGAUCGAGGCUCUCAAUUCAUCCAUUCCCCAAGAAUGGCGUAUUCCCCAAGACCUACUUCCUCCAGCAGACCAAGCAGAUGUCACAGAAUGGCCAGAAACCUCAACAUGGUUCACAAAGGAUGAACUCGCAAUCACAUCCCUCACUGCAACUGAACUCAUUCAGAAACUCGCUUCCGGUACCUUCAAGUCUGAAGAUGUCACCAGGGCAUUCUGCAAGAGAGCAGCAGCUGCUCACCAACUUACCAACUGUUUAGCAGAGACCUGCUUUGACCGCGCUAUCCAAACAGCACGUCGUCUCGAUGAGCUCUUUGCCAAAACAAAGACACCCGUCGGACCUCUCCACGGUCUUCCCAUCUCCCUCAAAGACAACUUCAACCUACAAGGCCUCGACGCAACCGUCGGCUUCACAUCCCACGUCGGCGACCCUGCCGAAUCCGACUCUGGCUUGGCAACGCUGCUUCAAAAUGCCGGCGCUGUCUUUUACGUCAAGACAAAUGUUCCCACGGCCAUGAUGAUUGCGGAAUCCAUCAACAAUACAUUUGGACGAACUGUGAACCCCAAGAACAGAAACACUACCAGUGGCGGAAGCUCCGGCGGCGAGUCUGCGCUUAUUUCCUUCAAGGGUAGUCCUUUGGGUGUUGGAACCGAUAUAGGAGGAUCGCUACGUAUUCCCGCUGCCUGCACUGGAAUCUUCACCAUCCGUCCUUCAGCAGGCCGUUUCCCCGUCCGUAACUGCCGCUCAGGAAUGCCCGGCCAAGAAGCCGUCCAAUCCGUCAACGGUCCUCUCGCCCGAACCAUCCAAGACAUACAAUUCUACAGCAAGACUGUGAUAGACGCACAGCCCUGGCUCGCCGAUCCCAAAUGUCUCCCCAUCCCCUGGCGACCAGCCCAGCUGCCCGACAAGCUAAAGAUCGCGUUCAUGUGGCACGACGGUCUUGUCCUCCCAACACCGCCCGUCGCUCGAGCCCUCCGAGUCGCAAAGGAGAAACUCGAAGCCGCUGGACACACCAUCGUGGAGUGGGAUCCUGUUGACCAAAAGGAAGGUGGGGAUCUUCUUCAGCGCAUGUUUUUGGCGGAUGGUGGACAGACGAUUCGAAAGGUACUCGAGCGAACGGAUGAGCCGUGGAGACCUGAGAUGGACGGUUAUCGAACCGCGAGAGACUUGAGUACUUCUGAGAUGUGGAAGCUCCAACUUGAGCGAACUGCGUUCCAGAAUAAGUAUUUGGAUCGAUGGAACAAGGCGGGUAUCGAUGCUAUCGUAUGCCCAACAACGCCCUACAGUACUGUAAAGAACGGAACUUUUCAACACGUUGCUUAUACUGGCGUCUUCAACGUCGUCGACUAUUCCGCCGUGUCGUUCCCGACAGGAAUCAGCGUUGACAAGGACGUCGAUGUGCUGGGCUCUUCAUACCAGCCUUUGAGUCCGUUAUGCAAAUCUGUCAACGAAGAUUAUGACGCUGCAUUGGUGCACGGUCUACCAGUUAGUCUUCAGAUCGUUGCGCGCAGGCUAGAAGAAGAAAAGGUUCUGGCCAUGGCCGAACUGGUACAUGACACCAUGAUCUGA